AUGGAUGGCAUGGGCCAUAUGUCCAUGGGCAAUAUGUCCAUGGGCGACGGGGUGCCAGGCCUGUUCUACCUUCAGCGAAUGUACUGGGCUGUUGUCGGUAGUGCUAUUGCUGUUGGAACCGUUGCCAACGUGCUUAAUCGUUUCUUAGCAUACCAAAGAUUACGCGAUUCCACACUCACACCAUCCAAGCCGAAAUCGCUCUUUUUCAGCUUUUAUGCCACAUUAACAGCUGUGGUUCGUGAAGCGAGCUAUGCGACCUUGCCUCCGAUAACAGUUCGCGGGCGAUCGUUUCACUUUGCUCCUCUGGGACCGGUGGCCAUCAUCCUGGCCCACCUCGUAGUGGUCCUCGUUUUCUGCUUCUACAAAUUGGAUACGACGGAUAAAUGGAAAUGGGAAGACGUCGGCUACCGAACCGGCUUUGUCGCUAUCGCCCAGCUGCCUUUGAUCUUUCUGCUGGCGGGAAGACAAAACAUCAUUGGGUUAUUUGUGGGGUUGAGCUAUGAGCGCCUGAACUGGUUCCACCGUUGGAUUUCUAGGACUCUGUGGUUGACAGCGACAAUUCACAUGGGCUUUUGGUUCCGAAACUGGGCCCGAUAUGACUAUAUCACCUAUCAGCUGCGGCAUGACGUGCUGACACAACGAGGAUUUGCUGCAUGGUGCAUUCUGACAUUCAUCGUCAUCUCAUCAGCGGCGCCAAUUCGAAGACUGAGCUACGAAUUGUUCGUCUUGCAGCAUCUGGUAACGUUCGUUGGGUUCAUUGCUGCAGUCUGGCUUCAUGCGCCGGCAGAGGUCAAGGCUUGGGUGUGGAUUUCCAUAGGAUUUCUGGUGUUUGAUCGGGUAGCUCGGUAUGCGUGGGCAACUUAUGCCAACCUGUCGAUCUUCCAUGCGUCGAAACCAAAUCAGCAUUCUCUCUGGGCCAACCUCGCAACUCUCACUCCAUUACCAGGCAACGUCACUCGAAUUACAAUCGAGAAUCCUGGUGUUCGGUGGAAGCCCGGACAGCAUGUGUUUCUCACUUGCCACUCCAUCGUGCCUCUCCAGAGUCACCCGUUCACCAUCGCUUCGAUCCCAGACGACGGCAAGAUGGAAUUCUUAGUGCGCGCCCAAAAGGGCAGUACAAGGCGGUUCUUCCAUUACGCCUCGAAGCACCAUCAUGUCCUUGGGUCCGGAGAGCCUUCACCUGCGCAGCGACCUCGUACAAUGUUAAUCGAUGGUCCAUACGGCACAAUCCGACCCUUGAGGCAAUUUGACAGCGUCGUUCUCCUUGCAGGCGGCACGGGGGCCAAUUUCACCAUUCCACUAUUGCGAGACAUCGUUGCAGGGUGGAAAACAGAAUGUCUAGGAAGUUUCACGCGUCGCCUUGCCGCAACCAAGCGAAUUCGAUUCGUGUGGGUGAUCAAGUCCCGCGCUCAACUCAGCUGGUUCGAGACUCAGAUCCAGUCUGUAUUAUCUGACGUCGACGAAUGCCGACGGGCCCAGCCCGACAUGGUCAGAGAACUGGAAGUGAGCAUCUACAUCACUUGCGACGAGAAGCUGGAGCAGCAGCCACCGAGAACCGCCUGUCUACAGCCACCAUCUUCGCCAACCGAGACCCCCAAGGCUAUCGAACCCCGCAACGAGAAAUUCUCCGAAAAGGACAACACCUCCAUCCACUCCUUCUCCGCGUCAAGCUCAAGCGGACAAGAUCCCGCGACCACAAGCGGCUGCCUACCCGGCGGAGGCUGCUGCUGCACAGCUGCGGUAGAAGACGAAGACAAAAUCAACGAACACAGAUGUACCUGUUCCGGACACGCUCCGGCAUCGCAACCCUCGGAGCCAACCUCAACGGCUCCGACCGACGCCGACGAAAAACUUCAACCCGAAGCAUCAGCGCCAUCAGAACCCACCCAACCCCACCAUCUCAACCUCCUAUCCGGCCGACCGCAGCCACGCACCAUCAUCCGCAAGGUCCUCGAGAAGGCAGAAGGCGAGAGCGCCGUCGUCGCAUGCGGACCGGAGGGGCUAUCAGACGACGUCCGACGCAGCGUAGUGUAUCUCAGCGACGAACGGGCGGUCCAUAAGGGGACCGGCGCGCAGGGCAUCUACCUACACGUCGAAACAUUCGGCUGGUGA